AUGCAAUAAUCAUUAAAAGUCGCAUAAAAUAAUAAAUCAAAUAUAAAGGAAAGGUUAAAUUAAAUAUUUGAGUUAAAUCCAAGUCCUUAAGAAAAUAUGCGUAAAUUAUUUAGAUUUUAUUUAAGAUUUUAAUGUUGGAUUUGCUUAAAAAGGCCACUAUUUAUGAACUAUUUGAAUAACCUCUAGGUACUCCUUUGUAAGUCGCACCAUAAUUAAUUGGUAAUGUCCAAUAUACAUCUAAAUGUGAUUUAUGGUCGAUAGGAAUUAUAGCUUAUUAAUUAAUAUAUGGAAAGUAACCUAGGCCUAAUUGAGAUUAUAAAUCUUAUCUAAAGAAUAUUCAUUGUUAUCCCAUUAGAUUUCCUAUUGAAAAAACAGCGUUCGAGUAAUAUAAAAGUACUUAAAUAAUAUCAUAGAUUUCAUAAGAUAAUGUUUGGAAAUUGAUGAAAGGUAGAGAUUAAAUUGGUCAGAACUAUUUGAACAUUCAUGCUUUCAUUCUAGAGCUUUGAAAUACAAUAGAAAAAGUAAUAAUAAAACAAUAUAAAUAAGAAUAUAUAAGUUGAAAGCCAAUUUGAUAAUUAUACACUGGAGCAUUUAUAUCUUAUAAUAAAAAUUAGAAAAGGAAGAAUAAUUUAAGUUAUUUGAUAUCAAUUAAGAAGGAACCUUAAAUUAGAAUUUUUUAGAUUUAUACAAAGAGAAGAUCCUUCAUUAAGUGAUUCAGAAUUAUUUAAGAUAAAGAAAUUAAAUAAGAAUUAAGUUAAAAUUAAUUUAAAUACUUUUUAGUAAUGACGAAGAACCUGAAAUAGGAGAAAAGUUUAUUCUUUAUUGA